AUGCCCGCUUUCGGCCAGAAACCCAUCGGGCAGCAGGUUGCAGAGGCGCGCGGUCGACCAUCUCAGCCGCUGCCUCAAGCGAGCGAGACGAAGAGCGAGGCCAUCAUGCAGGACGCGCAGGAUCCCUCGUUCGCUCGGAAUCUCGCUGCUCUGGGUCAGGUCAAGGUCCCAGGGAAGGGUGAGCCCACUACACAUCGAACAGACAACCCGAUGCUGGGCAUCCUCGCAGAGCGACAACGGGUUGAGGAAGCGGCCGAACAGAAGGUGCCCGUACGGAACCAGCUGUCGGCCGGCGGUUUGCUCAGCCUCUUCGACGCUCGCAAGAAGUGCACGACGCAGGAGGAGCUCGACAAGGUGUCACGCGAGUACGGGAUGGAGCCUGCGAUGGUCGAGGAGCUUGCGAAGCACAUCAACUCCCCUAGCAUGAGCGGCAUCACGAUUCCCGGCAAGACACCUGACGACGCGGAGCGUCAUCUGGGUAUCUGGGUCGACCCGCCUCUCGGCAAGGCGGAGCCGCCCAAGAUCGCUGCUUGA